CGCCUUUUUAAGAAUCUUUAAACCUUUCAAUAAACAGAAUCUCUUUUUCCUCUUUCUCUUUAUUUAUUUCCUAAUUUAAUAUACAUGGCACCAUCGAUAACAGCAACGACUGAAAAUGAUAGCAUCCGAAGAAGAUCAUUGAGCGGAGCGUCAGCUUUGUUAGCAAGAACAUUCACAAGACAGUCCAGUGCUCCGAGACCAGCGAGUUCCAGAUCAGAAUCUACCACAAGAAGAAGAGCAACAAUUGCAGCAUCUACAGACAUACCACAACAAAAUGGCAUCAAAGUUCAUGUUCGCAUUGUGCCCAACAUUGAAAAUCCCAGCAGAAGUUUGAUCUUUGAUAUAGUAGAUCGUGAGCUUCAAGUCGGCUCAGUCAUUCGUAUUGGCAGAUAUUCUGAGCGACACGCCAAUUUAAAUUGCAUGUCUUUCAAAAGCAAAGUCGUCUCAAGAUGUCAUAGUGAAGUAUGGGUUGAAACAGAUGGCAAGUUGUAUAUCAGAGACACAAAGUCAUCUUCUGGUACCUUUUUAAAUCAUGUCCGACUUAGUCCUGCUGGUAAUGAAAGUAGACCAGUAGAAUUAAAUGAUGGUGAUAUCGUCCAACUAGGCGUCGAUUUUCAAGGUGGUAGAGAGGAAAUGUACCGUUCGGUUAAAAUGAGAUUUGAAUUAAAUCGUUCAAGCAGACCACGGCCAUUAUCUUUCAGUAUAAAUGCCUUCCAAAAUCUCCGUAACCUUACACACGGAGAACACAGCCAUGUAACAACUCCCGAGUGUGAUAUAUCUACUAAUAAUAAUACUGUACAACCUUUUACCAAAAUUACCUUAUCUAAUCAAGAAUCAAACACAACAACUAAUAGCAUACAAUGUACACCUGCAUCGAUUGACAAUACUGAUGAUAAUAAUGAUAUCGAUGAAUGUUGUAUUUGUUUAUAUGCAUUAGCUCCUUUUCAAGCACUCUUUGUGUCUCCAUGCUCUCAUACUUACCAUUUCAAAUGUAUUCGACCUCUACUACAGAGCUACCCUGGCUUCCAAUGCCCCAUCUGCAGAACUUACUCAGAUCUGGAAGCAAGUGUAGCCAUUGAAGCAGAUGAAGUCAUGGAAAAAUAUGCCAUCCGAUAUAACAAAAAAAUAAAUGAUUCAACUUGCAAUGCACCUCUAGCAGAUUCUUCUGGGUUGAAUUUACAAUCGGAUAUUCACCACUUAUUGCAAGAAAACCAUAUAACAACAACAACAACAGUGGAACCUUCAGUUUCUUCUGCAGACCAUGGAAUAGACCAACCACUUCAUAUACCACCUUUACAGCUUACUCACCUUAAUUCUCCUGUCAUCUAUUCCGAGCCGCUGCCGGACUUAUCACCCCUAGACACAAAUCAUCAUGAACACCCCACUGACAAUUUAAAUCAUGUGAUCGAUGGUUCAUCUCUUACAAAUGACUCUAUCGAAGAAAAUGGAAUCAUGUCGAACACAGAUGAAGACGAUGAAGACUAUGAAGAGCACAAUGUAACACCAACAGAAGAAGAUGCUCCCAGCCGACCACGCGAAAGACGAACGAGUCAUAUCAUGGAAAAGAUCAAGAUGGUCUUUUUUGAAAAGAGAAAAUCUACACCUUACGGAAGCAACAAAAAUCGUCGCAGUAGCAGUAAUAAAAGACCAUUAUCCUACUCAGAUGCACAUGCAGGAGAUAAUGAAACUGCGGUAGAAACACAAGGCAGUAGUCGUCGUAAUACCUCCACGGCUGCCGUGCCUCUCAGUCAAACAUUAUCUAGACAAUCUACAACUCAUUUAACAGAAAUUGGUGAAGAACCUGCCGCUGGUGUUGUAAUCAGCUCCUAUAAUAGUACUAGCCGAGACAGAAAUCACUGUAUACAACAGGCAAUGGCUGUUGAUGUAUAAAAACAAAAAAACGAGUUUACAUGCGCAUUUCAUAUAUUUCUUAAAAAAUAAAAAUUCUAUAAU